CAGUCACCGAGAUCGAUAUCUUUCUUUGCUCAGUUCUGCUUGACUAGGCCGAAGGGCGAUCCUAGAUACGACGAAAUCGAGCGGCACUGGGAUGACUAUUUCGUGGUCAUUCCGCAGGAGAGAAGCAUAGAAGAUUAUAUAGAAAUUGGCGACAGAGUCGGUAGUGGUAGUUUUGGCUCGGUGUACGAGUGUACGAGGAUGCAAUCGGAGUUAUCAGCCUAUGCAAAGGGGAGAUCAGAGGAUGAAGGGCGUUCUAAGAAACCAGCGAAAUUCUGGACAUGUUCGGCCCCUGAUGAUGCCUCUUGCGACGCCUAUGAAUUCGAUCCAGCUAGGCAAGAGCAGGGACUAUGCGUAAAGGUGAUCGAGAAGUCCUCGGGUAACACUCUGCGUGCUCGAUUUGGCUCUAAGCUUCUCAUCGCAGCCCUAGCGGCUAAACAUCCUAAUAUUACUAAAUAUAUACAAUUUCUCGAGGAUUCGCAUCGUAUGUAUAUCGUCAUGGAGCUUUACACUGGUCCCGAUCUGUUUGAUUACAUUAUAAGUAAUCGUCCCGUCACGGAAGAAAAGGCUGCUUUCAUUCUUGAGCAAAUUUCGCGCGCCACAAACUUCCUGCAUACGCAGGGUGGCAUGCACAGAGAUCUAAAACCGGAGAAUUUCAUGUUUGAGAACGACACUCCUGGCGCGGCGUUGAAGUUGGUUGAUUUUGGUAGUACUACGGGGAGUCGGUGCGCGCACUUGGAAGAAUAUCUUUUUCAUAGUUGUUACUGUGGCCCUGAAGUGUUCACUGGAUGCUAUGAUGAGAAAUGUGAUAUAUUCUCCGCUGGGGUUAUCCUUUUUGUGAUGCUCACUGGGGAGAUGCCGUUUGAAUGCAAGAAUGUUGAUCAGUAUAAAGGCAGUUUACAUCGGGCGCAGAAAUGCGGUUUGGAUAAAGUCUUGUGCGAAUACCGCGGUGAUCGAUGUGCUAAUAUGUCUCCUGAGGCGAAGGAUUUGGUUUUCAAGAUGCUCGAAUUGGAUCCAAAAAAGAGGCUCUCGGCAAGAGACGUGUUAGAGCAUCCUUUUAUAAAGGAAAAUCAGAGGAAACGAGAAAUUGAAGAAAAUACUGCCGUUGAGAAUCCCCCGGAGCCUCAAGCAGCUUCGACAGCACGAGAGAACGUGGACUCCUCCCCUAACGUGAAACCAAUGUCUACUUCGUUGAACAGCUCGGAUGUAGCUCCAGUGCGGAAGGAAGGGCCGACAUUUCCAAGCAGGAAUCCUGAUCAGUGGUAUUUAGGAGGGUUCUUCAGUAGCAUAUUCAAGAAAUUGGAUAGUGGUAGUAGCAACAGGAGAAAAACGAGUGAUAAUAGAAAAUAG